AUGGCUCCACGAAGUAGUAUCGCUUUAGAUACACGCAAGACAAUUCUGCUAUGCUUGGGACUAGUCUUUGUGAUGUACUUUAUAGCUGUGAAUACCUUGUUUACUUUUCCAACCAAGUCACCGCUCUUGACGCAACACAAAACACAAAACCAUGUCAACCACGACCACGACGAAUCAUCCAAGUUUCGAAAUCAAAUGGAGCACGAGGAGGAUAAAAACAACAGUGCGAUUUCCGUUGCUACGCCGCCAUCCUGGGGAGUGCCGAAUCCGGAACCCGAGAACUUUCGCGUUCUCACAACGGGUGAAAAGGGUCCAGAUUAUACGUUUAAAGGAAGCGUAUGUCAUCGCAUUCUAAAGAACUUUAUUGUACAAUGUGGAGACUAUACGGAAGGUACAGGAAGAGGUGGUCGAAGCAUUUAUAAUGAUCAAUCGUUUGAUGACGAACCUAAUGGACUGAGACUCAAGCAUUCGAAGCGAUAUAUUCUGCAAAUGGCUAAUCGUGGACCCAAUACAAAUGGCAGUCAGUUUUGCUUUAUGUUGAAGGCAUCACCUCAUCUAAAUGGCAAGCACGUGGUAUUUGGGGAAGUCGUAGAAGGAUUUGAAGUUGUAGACAAGAUGGAGGAAGCAGGCGUGGAGAGAGACGGCAUUCCGUUGCAACACAAAGUGAGCUUUACGGACGGAGGCGAGAUUCUAUUCUAG